CCUGAGGCACCAAGCGUCCCAGAAACCGGAAGCGGAAGUGCGCCUCUUCAGGAGGACAGCCUAGUGUGGCCGCACUCUUGCCUCCUGCUACGGCGUGAGGUCACAAGUGCGGUACAGGGAGAACUAGUCCAGUCCAGGCAGCUGGGGACUUAGGACUACCGUCUCACACAUCUGUAAAUUACAAGUACGACUUCAACUGCCCUGACUAGCGUAUGGAGUAAACAUUAUUCAUCUGCUUCCAAACUGCCUGGUGCUGUGCCUCUGCUCCCAUCCUUCUUAUUGAAGUGGUUCUUGGGCUUAGAGACAGCAUCCUCUCAGACUUCCAGAAGCUAGAUCAAGGAAAUGGACUCAGUGGUCAUUGAGGAUGUGGCUGUGGUCUUUAGCCAGGAAGAGUGGACUUUGCUGGAUCUUGCUCAGAAGAAACUCUACAGAGAUGUGAUGCUGGAAACCUUCAGAAACCUGGCCUCAGUAGUCUCUCAAAACUUUAACGAUGGAGAAAAGUUAUCCAGCAAACAUAGACUAGUGCGAUUCAUGAAGAAAAACACCUGGUCCUUCAUAUUAGGAGAAAUCUCCAAAUUGCAUGGCAAUAAAGAUCCGCAUAAAAAACAGAGGAGACAUUUGAGAUGUCAUACAGUAGAAAACCUCUGUGAAAGUAAUGAAUGCAUUCAGUAUGGGAUAACCAGCUGGAUUCCAAAUUUUACUGUGCUAAAAAGAAAUCCUCCGGAAGUAAAUCCUUUUGAAUGCUAUGAGUCUGGAAAAGCCUUCAUGGAUCACUCAUAUAACCAUCAUACUAGAUCUCACACUGGAUGCAAUAACUGUCAGUGUAAGGAAUGUGGAGAAGCCUGCAGUUGCCCCUCUCACCUAACUACUCCUAUGAAAACUAUUACUGGAACAAAACUUCAAAAAUGUAUGGUAUGUGGGAAAGACUUUAUUUGUAUCUCAACACUUAGGAAUUCUGUGACAACACUCACUGGUGAGAAACACUAUGAAUGUAACAAAUGUGGGAAACAUCUCUGUAGUUUCCAAUCCUUUUGGACACAUGUCAGAGGUCAUAAGCAUGAAUAUAAAGAAUGCCAUAAAACCUAUAGUCCUUUAUCCCUCUUUUUACAUAAAAAGAUUUAUAACAAAGAUGUGUAUUAUGAAUGUAAGGAAUGUGGAAAAGCCUUCAGUCGUUCUUCAGACCUCACUAUACAUAUAAGAACUCACAGUGGAGAGAGGCCCUAUGAAUGUAAGGAAUGUGGGAAAGCCUUUAGUCGUUCCUCAGCCUUAACUCAACAUAUAAGAAUUCACAGUGGAGAGAAGCCUUAUGAAUGUAAGGAAUGUGGGAAGGCCUUUAGUUGUUACUCAGUCCUCUAUCAACAUAGAAGAACGCACAGUGGAGAGAAGCCUUAUGAAUGUAAGGAAUGUGGGAAAGCCUUUAGUCGUUCUUCAGCCCUCACUAGACAUGUAAGAACUCACAGUGGAGAGAGGCCCUAUGAAUGUAAGGAAUGUGGGAAAGCCUUUAGUCGUUCGUCAGCCUUAAUUCAACAUAUAAGAAUUCACAGUGGAGAGAAGCCUUAUGAAUGUAAGGAAUGUGGGAAAGCCUUUAGUCAUUCCUCAGCCCUUGCUCAACAUACAAGAAUUCACAGUGGAGAGAAGCCUUAUGAAUGUAAGGAAUGUGGGAAAGCCUUUAGUUAUUCCUCACGCCUCACUGCACACAUAAGGGCUCACAGUGGAGAGAGGCCUUAUGAAUGUAAGGAAUGUGGAAAAGCCUUUAGUCGUUCUUCCCACCUAACUGCACACAUAAGGGCUCACAGUGGAGAAAGGCCUUAUAAAUGUAAGGAAUGUUGGAAAGCCUUUAGCUGUUCCUCAGCCCUUGCUCAACAUAUAAGAACUCACAGUGGAGAGAGGCCUUAUCAAUGUAAUGAAUGUGGAAAAGCCUUUAGUUCUUCCUCAGCCCUCAUUAAACAUAUAAGAACUCACAGUGGAAAGAGGCCCUAUGAAUGUAAGGAAUGUGGGAAUGCCUUUAGUUGUUCCUCAUACCUCACUCAACAUAUAAGAAUUCACAGUGGAGAGAGGCCUUAUGAAUGUAAGGAAUGCGGGAAAGCCUUUACUUCUUCCUCAAACCUCACUCGACAUGUAAGAAUUCACAGUGGAGAGAGAACUUAUGAAUGUAAGGAAUGUGGGGAAGCCUUUAUUUGGUCCUCACAGCUCACUCAACAUGUAAGAACUCACAGUGGAUAGAGGCCUUAAUAAAUGUAAGGAAUGUGGGAAAGCCUUUAUUUGUUCCUCACACCUUACUCAACCUGCAAGAACUCCAGUGGAGAGACUACUCUGUCAAAAGUGAGAUGUUUCAUUCUUACUGCUAUAAUUUCAAACAGCAAAUUUCCCAAAGCCUGGGAGUAAAGAACAGAGUUCUUCAGUGAGUAAGAAAGCAAUACUAGCUCAACGAAGAGGCCAUCAGAGCUACUUUGUGUGUUUGGGAGAAAUGACAGUUUCAUCAUAGCUGCGAGGCUAUCAUCAGUGUCACUUCCUCAGUCCAAACUAAAUUUUACCUUUCUUGAAGUCUUUGGCUAAUACAAAUAAGGCUGCAGAAAAUAACCUUGAGCGAAUGUGGUUAAAUGUUUUAUUGAUGUUAUUUUGCAUACAAUAAAAUACACUGAUCUUGUAUUUGGUUUGUGUGUUUUCUGUUGUUUCCAUAUUACAUUUCCUUCCGUUCUUUCCUAUUGUAAAGUUAACUGUUUUAUCCUUUAUAAUUAGUAAGUUUCUUAUAUGGCAGUACUUUGAAACUGCAAAUAUUCUUUUUUUCUUUGAACUUUGGCUUAUUAUUUUUAGUACCCAUUGAUGAUUAUUACCUUUGAUUGUUAUCACUGUGUUGUUUACCAAAUUAUAUUUUCUCUUGAAUUCAUUUUUUCUGUGUUUAUUAAUUGGAAUUCUGCAAGUAUUAGCUUUGCCUUCUCUCCUCUUAUUAUUUAUACCAGUAUAGGCUAAUCAAUAUUACUUUUUUUUUCUUUUCUUGCUCAAAUUGCCCCAGAUUUUGCUAUUAGGACCUCCCUUAAAUAGGUUCCUGUAUUUUUUUGACAUGUCCCCAUUAUAAUUUGUACAUUACUUUCUGCCAAUGGUCAAGGUUCAUCUUGUCCUUUUUCUGCCUGAGCCCUUGGAUCAGAGUUUUCUUCAAGAAACCUUGGUUUCUGUUAGUAGAGAAUGAUAUUUAGAAACAAAGUUCUGGGCAUUAUGUGUGCUUAUUUCUACUCAACCCUCAAAGUGGAAAGGGCUAGGAAGUAUAUGUGUGUGAGUAUAUAGGCAUACCUCAGAGAUACUGCAGGUUCGGUUCCAGACCACUGCACUAAAGCAAAUAUUGCAAUAAAGCAAGUCACAGGUUUGUUUCCCAGUGCAUAUAAAAUUUAUGUUUACACUAUACUGUCGUCUCAAGUACAAAAGCAUUGUGUCUAAAAAAAAUGUACAUACCUUAAUUUCAAAAUUCUUUAUUGUUAAAAAAUGCUAACCAUCAUCUGAGCCUUCAAUGAGUCAUAAUCUUUUUGCUGUUGGAGGGUCUUGCCUUGAAGUUGAUGGCCACUGACUGAUCAGGGUGGUGGUUGCUGAAGGUUCGGGUGGCUGUGGCAAUUUCUUAAAGUAAGAUAACAAUGAAGUUUGCUGCAUUGAUUGACUCUUCAUUUCAUGAAAGAUUUCUCUGUAGCAUGCAAUGCUGUUUAAUAGCAUUUUAUCCACAGUAGAACUUGUUUCAAACUUGUAGUCAGUCCUCUCAAACCCUGCCACCACCUUAUCAGCUAAGUUUAUGUAAUAGUCUAAAUCCUUUCUUGUCAUUUCAGCAGUGUUCACAGCAUCUUCACCAGGAGUAGAUUCCAUGUCAAGGAACCAUUUUCUUUGCUCAUCUGUGAGAAGCAACUCCUCAUCUGUCAAAAUUUUAUCAUGAAAUUGCAGCAAUUCAAUCACAUUUUCAGGUUCCACUUCUAGUUCUCUUGCUGCUUCCACCACAUGUGCAGUUACUUCCUCCACUGAAGUCUUGAGCCUUUCAAGGUCAUCCAUGAGGGAUGGAGUCAACUCCUUCUAAACUCCUGUUAGUGUUGAUAUUUUGACCUCCUCUCAUGAAUCACAAAUGUUUUUAAUGGCAUCUAGAAUGGUGAAUCCUUUCCAGAGGUUUUCAAUUUACUUUGCCCAGAUACAUGCGAAGAAUCACUGUCUGUGGCAGCUACAGCCUUAUGAAAUGUACUUCUUAAAUAAUAAGACUUGGAAGUCAAAAUUACUCCUUAAGUCAUGCACUGCAGAAUGGAUUUUGUGUUAGCAAGCGUGAAAACAUUGACCUUGAAGAUCUCCAUCAGAGCUCUUGGGUAGCCAGGUGCAUUGUCAAUGAGCAGUAAUAUUUUGAAAGGAAUCUUUCAGCAGCAGGUCUCAACAGUGGGCUUAAAAUAUUCAGUAAACCAUGUUGUAAACAGAUGUGCUGUCAUCCAGGCUUUGUUGUUCCGUCCACAGAGCACAGGCAGAGUAGAUUUAAUAUAAUUCUUAAGGGCCCUAGGAUUUUCAGAAUGGAGUGAGCAUUGGCUUCAACUUAAAGUCACCAGCUGCAUUAGCCCCUAACAAGCCUGUCCGUUGAAGCUUUGAAGCCAGGCAUUGACCUCUCUCUAGCUAUGGAAGUCCUGGAUGGCAUCUUCUUCCAAUAUAAGGCUGUUGCAUUUACACUGAAAGUAUGUUGUUCAGUGUAGCCACCUUCAUCAGUUAGCUAGAUCUUCUGGAUAACUUGCUGCCGCUUUUACAUCAGCACUUGCUGCUUCAUCUUACACUUUUAUGGAGACAGCUUCUGAAACCUUAUGAACCAACUUCUAGCUUCAAACAUUUCUUCUGCAGCUUCCUCACCUCUCUCAGCCUUCAUAGAAUUGAAGAGAGUUAGGGCCUUGUUCUGGGUUAGUCCUUGGCUUAAGGGAACGUUGUGGCUGGUUUGAUCUUCUAUCCAGACCACUAAACUUUCUCCAUAUCAGCAAUAAGGCUAUUUAGCUUUCUUAUCAUUUGUGUGUUCACUGGAGUUGCACUUUUUAUUUCCUUCCAGAAGUUUUCCUUUGCAUUCACAACUCGGCUAACUGUUUGGCACAAGAGACCUAGCUUUCAGCCUGUCUCAGCUUUCAACAUGCCUUCCCCGCCAAGUUUAAUCAUUUCUAGCUUUUGAUUUAAAGUGAGAGAUGUGGGACUCUUCCUUUCACUUGAACACCUAGAGAACAUUGUAGGGUUAUUGGCCUAAUUUCAAUAUUAUUAUGUCUCGGAAUAGGGAGGCCCGAGGAGAGGGAGAAAAACGGGGGAACGGCUGGUCGGUGGAGCAGUCAGAACACACACAACAUUUAUCAAUUAAGUUUGCCAUCUUAAUGGGUGCAGUUCAUGGCACCCCAAAACAAUUACAAUAGUAGCAUCAAAGAUUACUGAUCACAGGUCACUGUAAUAGUUAUAAUAAUAAUGAAAAAGUUUGAAAUAGUGCGAGAAUUACUAAAAUGUGACACACACAAAAGAGCACUUGCUGUUGGAAAAAUGGCAGAUAGACUUGCUCAACACAGGGUUGCCAUAAACUUUCAAUUUGUAAAAAAUGCAUUAUCUGUGAAGUGCAAUAAAACGAAACCCAAUAAAACAAGGUAUGCCUGUGCAUAUACAAAGACACACAGUUAUACCUGUAUCUGUAUGGAUCUGUAUAUAUUUUAAAAACCACAAAAUAGUACCCAUAUCUCUGAUUCCAGUCCAAUGCCACAGGGUUCAUUUUAGCUUUUUCCCCUACUUUAUAUGUUACUCCUUUCUAUAAUAGUAAUACUCCUGGCUUUCAUUAUCCACAAUGUUAUUUGCUGAAUCUUAGAUAUACACAAAGUAGUUUCAAAAUUGCUAACUGAGGUGAUGAAGCACCUUGCAGAAAGCAGUUUGGCCCUUGAGGUUCCUGAGAGUCGAACUACAGCUGAGGAUAAUGAGUGAGGGUGGGUAAGAUUAGAGAGGGACCACCUGGUGGCCUGAUGCUAACCUCUUGAGGCACAAUUUAGCUUAUACAGGACUGGCCAAUAAAAGCCCAGAAGUCGGAGGCUUAAGGGGGCUUCCCGGUUGAUAAGAAGCAUCCAUUCAUGUGGAGGGUAGCAUGUCCUGGGGACAUAGAAGCUCUACACUUUUUUUUUAAUUUUUAUUGUGCUUUAAGUGAAAGUUUACAAAUCAAGUCAGUCUUUCAUACAAAAAUUUAUACACACCUUGCUAUAUACUCCUAGUUGCUCUCCCCCUAAUGAGAAAGCACACUCCUUCCCUCCACUCUCUAUUUUCGUGUCCAUUCAGCCAGAUUCUGACCCCCUCUGCCCUCUCAUCUCCCCUCCAGACAGGAGCUGCCCACAUAGGCUCAUGUGUCUACUUGAUCCAAGAAGCUCACACUUCACCAGUAUCAUUUUUUAUCCCAUAGUCCAGUCCAAUCCCUGUCUAAAGAGUUGGCUUUGGAAUGGUUCCUGCAUUGAGCAUCUUGGAUAGAUAUCUUGUCAUCGUUCAUGAUAUCAGGGAAGUUUUCUGCCAACAAAUCUUCAACAAUUCUUUCUGUAUUUUCCUUUGUCUCCCCCCCGUUGUGUUUUUUUUUGUUGUGGCACUCCAAUCACUCACAGCUUAUUUCUUUUGAUAGAGUCCCACAUGAUUCUUAGGGAUUCUUCAUUUUUUUUAAUUCUUUUAUCUGAUUUUUCUUAAAAUAGAUCGGUGCCGAGUGCUUUAUCUUCAGUCUUACCAAUUCUGCCUUCCACUUGCUCAGUUCUCCUCUUUCUAUUGAGUUGUCUAAUUCUGUAAUUUUAUUGUUAAUCUUCUGAAUUUCUGAUUGCUGUCUAUGGAUUAUUAAAUGUUUCCUUAUAUUCUUGAAUAACCUUUUUAAUUUCUUUAGCUGUUUUAUCUGUGUGUUCCUUGGCUUGUUCUGCAUAUUGCCUGACCUUCCUGAUCUCGUUCCUGAUGUCUUGAAGAGUUCUGUAUAUUAAUCUUUUGUAUUCUGCAUCCUGUAAUUCCAGGAAGGCACCUUCAUCCAGAAGAUCUCUUGAUUCUUUGUUUUGAGAGCUUGUUGAAGCAAUCAUGGUUUACUUCUUUUUGUGAUUUGAUAUUGAUUGGUGUCUCGAGCCAUCUAUACGUUGUUGCAUUAGUUUAUGUUUGCUUACUCUAUCCUAGCUUCUUGCUUUGUUUUGUUUUGAUAUGCCCAAAUAGGUUGCUUGAGUGAGCUAGCUUGAUUAUUUUCACCUCUGAAGCUCUAAUGUCCUGUCACCAGGUGGCUAGAGCUGUUACCGGGCAUAUCAGCCUAGUAUCCCAUUCACUUUUCUUGUAUGGAUUCAGCUCAGGUGUCCAGGUUAUUGGUCAAGUGUGUGGUACAGGCUCUGUUCUACAGUCUUUGAGGGGCAGCAGUGUUUGGUGUAGGUACCAGUAUCUGGUUGGUGUAGAUACCAGUAUCUGAACAAGGCAGGGGGCUGACAUUCGUCCCCCAAGUGUCUGUGAGGAAAGUGUAUCCCUGUUCCCUAGAGCACACAGGUGGGUGGGUUCUGCAAACAGACAUGGGCACACAACACUUUGGUUGUAAGAACUGGGAGGUACCAGUUAUGCUUGGUCUGCCGUCAUGGAUGGCUGUGUGACAUGAGUGGAGCCACCAGUCUUCAGGCCCCUGAUGUGGGUAGGUGAGAACCCUAUUAAAUAGGCAAAGCGGUGUCAAACAUCAAACACCCACCUCUCCACCACACAGCUGAAACAGUUGCAAUCUGCCAACAAGGGCCUCUUAUCCUGAAAUGGGCCCACACAGGUUCAUGCAGGGGGCAAAGACAUUCAAUGCCCAUGGACCAUUUUUGCCUGGACAGUAGCCGCUUCUGUUCUGAGCUCCCCAGGUUAGUGGAGCUAGCAGAUUAUCUUUUCCCCCAAUUGUGAAUUUAUUCCUUCUCCAAGGCCGGAAGAAUGGCUCAGCAUGCUCAGCAGGGCCUAUCUCAGGCCCAGGGAAAUCAACAGCCACUGAAGCCAGCUUGGGGGCUGGGGGCACAGGAAAAUAUACGCAAGUACUUAGCUUUUGCCGACAGCACCGUUCAUCUCUGGUUCCGGAGCUGUGAGUAUGUUGUGAAGCUGGCUGUCUCUCCCUGAGGAAACUGCGGCUGAACACUACCACCAGCCCACUGCAGUCUUUCCCGGGAAUGGUGCCUGAAGGUUCCCAGCGAUUCAUGUCCAGCAACUCCUCUCCGCUUCUGAACCAUCUCUCCCUCCCCCUGCCACUCAGUCCCUUUUCUAACUUUGCCUUUGAUGUUCAGGGUCCUAGCUUGUCAUAAAUAUAAUCAUUUCAUUUUUCGGGUCUUUGUUGUAAGAGGGAUCACCGGAAGCAUCUGACUGCUCCGCCGUCUUGACUCCACCUCCUCUCUACACUUUUUGUGGACAAUAUCUUUGUUGGAUUAAAGGUCAUAUCCAGAUUAGGAUAUGCUCGUUAAACAAUAAAGUCAAACUAGCCUACAGAUUUUCAGAACUAUGUAGUUCUGUGAAUAUAGACCAAGCUCAUGUGAUUUACAAUGAUGCUGUCUUCAUAACCAAAUAUUUUAAAUAUUCUACUAUUUUAAUUUAGGGAAAAAAAAGUAAUUAAACAAAAAGUUGAACAGAGAUUCCCUGAGAACGCAUUCACAAUAAACUUGCUUUCUUUAUCUUUUAAACAAAGUUCACUGGUGAAUAGCAGGGAGCAUUUCAUGGGAUUUCCAGGAAGAUAAUAUAUCAAUUUCAGAAAUCAUUGGAUACAUGACAUCAUUAUAUUCAUGGCAUCUGAAAGAAGGAGAAUCAGGAGUGCCUUGAGAAGGAAGAGACGGAAGAACUGCAUGACUACAACUGUAAAAAAAAAAAAAAACUGUAGGUGUUAUUUAAUCAAGGAAUAGAUGUGAAUCAAGCUCUAGGGAGGUUAGCGGAUAUUCUGAAGAGAGAGUCAUUGAUUUCAGAGGUACAGAGCACUUCUGGAUGACCACAGGUCCAUAGAAUUUGUCAUCUGUAGUGGAAAAUUCCCAGCAAAGAGGUCAAUGAACCUAGAGGCCAAAGUAGUAGAUAAAAAUCCAUGCAGAUGCAGAGGCCCUCACAAGUGAUGCAGAAUUUAGGAGAGAAGGUAAGGAUGAGCCAGGUUCCAAAGUCAUUAAUGAAUCCGGUAAAUGACUAGAAGGUGGGCAGACAACAGUAAUGAGGAUGGAGAGAAGCUGGUAUAGACAAAAGGCAGUAAAAGAAAUGAGAUUUCUCCUGUGAGUGGAGGGUGGUCAGCCCCCAAAUGCUACUAGGGACUGAGAACAAUUCUGAUCUCACUCCUGGAAUCAGAGGUAGAAAGGGUGUGAGAGAAGAUUCAAAGUGUUGAACAGAUUUUUAAAAAUCCAGAAACAACCUUGAGAAAGAAGACUUUUUCAUACAAAGUAGAUUGUCCACAAACAAGGGAGCUGGGGAUUACUAGAAGAAAGGUUUGCCCACUUCAGCUGACCUCUGUCUUUCUUACCAUGAAUCUUUUACUCUCUUUUACUUUCCAUCCCUUCAGUCUUUUUCAAUUUUUAUAUCUCUGCUUUAUUCGGCUUGGUUGCUUAUACCUAUCUAUAAGUUUGGGAAAUCUACCCCCUGCUGUGUAUCAACUAUUAAACCAAUCUACCACCUCUAAUUUUGUAACUAUAUGUUUCAGUACAGAAUUCCUGGCUGGUUCCUUUCAGAUCUACAGUGUCUUCUGUGAUUUUUUCCAGUUCCUGCCUUUUAUCCUCAUGACCAUGUUUUAACGUAUACUAAAUAAAGUACCAUUUAUUGCUCAUAUGCAAGUUCAAGUUCAAGCUGAAGAAAAUUAAAGCAAGUCCAUGAGAGCCAGUGUACAACUUUGAGUAUAUUCCACCUGAAUUAGAGACCAUUUCAAGAAUAGAUUUGACACAUUGAACACUAAUGACAGAAGACCAGACGAGCUGUAAGAUAACAUCCAGGACAUCAUACAUAAAGAAAGCAAGAGGUCAUUAAAAAAGACAGGAAAGAAAGAAAAGACCAAAAUGGUUGUCAGAAGACACUCUGAAACUUGUUCUUGAGCGUAGAGUAGUGAAAACAAAAGGAAGAAAUGAAGUAAAAGAGCUGAACAGAAAAUUUCAAAGGGCAGCUCCAGGAGACAAAGUAUUGUAAUGAAAUGUGCAGAGACCUGGAGUUAGCAACCCAAAAGGGAUGAACACACUCAGAGUUCCUCAAGCUGAAAAAACUGAAGAAAAAAUUAAAACCUCAAGUUAUAAUAUUGAAGGAUUCCAUGGGCAAAAUAUUAAACAACGCAGGGUAGCAUCAAAAGAUGGAAGGAAUAUACAAAGUCAGUGUACAAAAAAGAAUUGGUCAACAUUCAGCCAUUCAGGAGUACCAUAUGAUGAUGAAGAGCCAAUGGUACUGAAGGAAAAAGUCCAAGCUGCGCUGAAGGCUUUGGCAAAGAACAAGGCUUCAGGAAUUCAUGGAAUACCAUUUGAGAUGUUUUGACAAACAGACACAGCUCUGGAGGUAUUCACUCGUCUAUGCCAAGAAAUUUGAAAGACAGCUACUGGCCAGCCAACUGGAAGAGAUCCAUAUUUGUGUUCAUUUCAAAGAAAGGUGAUCCAACAGAAUGUGGAAAUUAUCACAUGCAAGUAAAAUUUUGCUGAAGAUAAUUAAAAAAUGGUUGGAGCAAUAUGUUGACAGGAAACUACCAGAAAUUCAAGCCAGACUCAGAAGUUAUGUGGAAUGAGAAAUAUCACUGCUGGUGUCAGAUGGUUCUUGGCUGAAAGCAAAGAAUACAAAAGAGAUGUUUCCCUGUGUUUUACUGACUAUGCAAAGGUAUUUGGCUAUGUGCUUCAUUACAAAUUAUCGAUGAUAUUGCAAAGAAUGGGGAUUGCAAAACAAUUAAUUGUGCUUAUGCAGAACCUGCACAUAGACCAUGAGGCAGUUGUUCGAACAGAACAAAGGGAUACUGUGUGUAUUAAAUUCAGGAAAGGUAUGUGUCAGGGUUGUAUUAUACUUAUUUAAUCUGUAUGAUAGCAGAUAAUCCGAGAAGCUGGACUAUAUGAAGAGGAACAUGGCAUCAGGAUUUUAAGAAGACUCAUUAACAACCUGCAAUAUGCAGAUGACAUAAACUUGCUUGUUGAAAGCAAAGAGGACUUGAAGCACUUACUAAUGAAGAUGAAAGACUACAGCGUUCAGUAUGGAUUACACCUCAACAUAAAGAAAACAAAAAUCCUCACAACUGAACCAAUAAGCAACAUCACGAUAAACAGAAAAUACUGAAAUCGUUAAGGAUUUCAUUUUACUUGAAUCCACAAUCAACGCCCAUGGAAGCAGUAAUCAAGAAGUCAAAUGAUGCAUUGCACUGGGCAAAUCUACUACAAAAGACCUCUCUAAAGUAUUAAAAAGCAAAGAUGUCACUUUGAGAUGUAAGGUGUCAUGGAUUGAAUUGUGUGUCCCCCAACAAAUGUGUGUAUCAAUUUCGCUGGGCCAUGAUUCCCUGUAUUGUGUGACUUACCUAUGUGUUGUAAAUCCUAUCACUAUGAUGUAAUGAGACGGAUUAAUGGCAGUUAUAUUGAUGAGACCUACAAGAUUAGAUAGUGUCUUAAGCCAAUCUCUUUUGGGAUAUAAAAGAGAAAAGCAAGUGGAGAGACACGAGGACCUCAUGCCACCAAGAAAGCAGUGCCGGGAGCAGAGCACGUCCUUUGGACACGGGGUCCCUUUGCAGAGAAGUUCCUAUCCGGGGGAAGAUUGAUGAGAAGGCCAACAGAGAGAGAAAGCCUUCCCCUGGAGCUGACUCCCUGAAUUUGGACUUUUAGCCUACUUUACUGUGAGGAAAUAUACUUACCUUUGUUAAAGCCAUCCACUUGUGGUAUUUCUGUUACAGCAGCACUAAGACAGUGUGCCUGACCAAUCCAUUGUUAUUUGCAGUCACCUCAUAUGCAUGGGAAAGCUGGAUAAUGAAUAAGGAAGACCAAAGAAGUUUUGUUUUUUUUUUCUUAAUGGCGUUGGCUAAGAAUAUUGAAUGUAUCAUGGACUGCCAGAAGAAUGAACAAAACGAUCUUGGAAGAAGUACAACCAGAAUGCUCCUUAGAAGCAAGGAUGGCAAGACUUCAUCUCACGUAUUUUAGACAUGUUAUCAGGAAGGACCAGCCUGGAGGACAUCAUGCUUGGUAAAGGGUUAGCAAAAAAGAAAAAUACCCUCAAUGAGAUGGAUUGACACAAUGGCUGCAACAGUGGGCUCAAGCAUAGCAAUGAUUGUGAGGAUGGUACAGGACCAGGCAGUGUUUUGUUCUGUUGUACAUAGGGUAGCUAUGAGUUAGUACUGACUUGACGGCACCUAACAAAAACAACAAUCUUUAUAGAAUAAGAAUGCCACAUCGUUCUUCUGCAUAGCAGCUGGCGAGUUUGAACCGUGAACCUUCGCUGCUAACCACUGCACCACAAAGGCUCCUUCAGAUAGACCGAUGUAUAUAUCUAUAUCUAAAUAUAUAAAUUUGUAAGACGUGAAGAAGUCUACCAAAGUUUAUAUAACUGGGGAGACAAAAUGUGUUUCAAAGAGAAGAGUCAAAAUAGAAGGAAAUGAAAUCUCUAAUCUUUAAAACAGCUCUUUUAAAACAUUAACGGCACUUUGUUUCUAAGACUUACCUGGUAAUCUCCUGCCACUGCUUAUGCCUACACUGUUACACCUUACCUAUGUCCCUCCCCAGGGGUGCAUACUCCGUCCAUCCUGCCCUCCAGCUGUGAGUUUCCCCAGGCCAGUGUGCACCACUGUACUCUGGCUGUGUUUUCCUGGGUUUCCCCAGGACUCAACUCUAUGCCGUGUUCCUGCACUACUCUCUCAGGUCUGCCUAGUCCCUGUACACACUUUGCCCCCUUUGUUGCGCCUUACAGGCCUGUCUCAGUCUGAGUCCUCUGUUUUGUUCCCACCCUGGGCUUUUUGGCAAUUAUGAAUAUAGCUGCUACCACCUGUGGCUAUCUCAAAAUGGCCCCAUUCAGCUAAGUGGCAAGCAGGGUGUGGACAGUCCAAGAAUCCUCCUUCCUAUGGUCCCUGCUUCAACAUUCUCCUAAUUUGGUACUCAGCCUGGUUCUACAAUUCUUCACUUGGUAUCCAGAGCUCCAAGAUCUCUGGUUUUGUAGGUUUUUACUUGUUUUCUUUGUCAUUGUUGUAGGGGAUCAUGAGGGUGCUAUUUGUGCCACCAUCUUGCCUCUCCUCCUCCUGACUUCUCUUUUGAACACUGCAGAUUCUAAGAAAUGAAAGGAUAAGGGGAAGAAAGGCUAUUUUUACCAAGGGUUUUCAUGGUACACGUUCCCUCAGGUCCAGUCAUUUGGAAGGUGUUAUCUUGGGUAAGCACAUUGACAUAUUUUUUGGCUACAUACACAGAUCGAUUCCUACUCACAUUGACCCUAUAGGACAGGGUAGAACUGCCCCAUAGAGUUUCCAAGGACACAACUAGGAUGUUCAUUCCUUUCUAAUAAGAAAGUCUACCUGGAAAUAAAAUCCCUUCCUGACAGUGACUUAGAGCAGGGUUCAGCAAACAUUUUUGUAAAAGGUUAGAUCAUAAACAUUUUAGGCCUUGCAGCCUACAUAUAUACCUGCCGUUAUUGUAGCACGAAAGCAGCUGUAGACAAUAGGUACAUGAAUGGUUGUGGCCCUGUUCCAAUAACACAGUGUUUACAAAAGCAGCUGUUGGGCAGAUUGGGCCUGGGGCUGUGUAGCAUGCUUACCCCUGACACAGAGAGUAGAUUCAGAUAUAGGGAGCAGGUAAAUCAUAGAGGACACUGUAAAAUUAACAGAAGAAAUCACAUACAGCUUCCUUUCUGCUAGUGGGACUCACCUAAUAAAAGUUCCAGGGUGAUUACGUCACUCAGGCUCUGCCCCGUAUUCCUGGCCAAUGCUGAUAUAACUCUCAGACCCUCUGUCAUCCUGACCUUCCCCUAUACCAUCCUAGCCCAUUAAAAAAAAAAAAAAAAAAAAGGUUGCCCUCGAGACAACUCAGGCUCAUGGCAGGCAUUGAGUUUCUUCUGUUUAUGGUGAUGGAAAAUUGAGAACAGAUAUUGGUGAUGGUUGUGCAACAUGAUUAAUGUAAUGUUACUAAAUUGUGCACGUGAAAAAUGCUAAAUUGGCUAAUGUGUUAUUUAUAUAUUUACCAAAAAAAAUUACUUUCAGGGUAGGGGAGAGAACUGCAAGCUAUGCGGGCAGCUCCUCUCUGAAGGGGAGAUGAGAAGGCAGAGGGGGACAGAAGUUGGCUGAAUGGACACUGGAAUACAGGGUGGAGAGAAGGAGCGUGCUGUCUCAUUAGGGGGAGAGCAACAAGGAGUACACAGCAAGGUGUGUAUAAGAUUUUGUGUGAGAGACUAACUUGAUUUAUAAACUUUUACUUAAAGCACAAUAAAAAUUAAAAAAAGGCUUGGGGAUCUGGGGUGAGCGUUCAGUUCUGGGAGCAUAAUACAAGGGUCUGCAGUGGUGUCCCUCACCCAUGAGGUAGGCUUAAUGACCCCAGGGGUGGGGCUUGAGGGUGUGACAGUACUGGCCAGACAGUUGGGGAUUUGGAGAUGAUAUCCCAGCCCUGGAAAGUGACUUAAGGGUCUGGGGGUGAGGCCCCAUGGACUGAUUUGAGGUUUUAUGGUUUAUGGCUGUACCUCCUAAAUUUAGGGCACUGGCUCUACUCUGUCCUACAGUUUUGCUAUAAGUUGGAAUCAACUCAGCCCCAGUGUGUUUGCUUUGGGUUUGCCCAGUGAAGGGGAAACAAGCUUUGCCAGGCUGAAUGUUAGCACCCCCAUGUGGUCAACUAGUUCACUACAGUUUGCUAAGUCAUCCUUAUGUAAGUCCCUGGCAUGUAGCCACUAUGGUCUACUGCCAUAUAAAACCUCUGCCUUCACACUAUGGGGUGAGAUCUGGUUUGAUCCUGCAGCUGCCCAGCACUUGACCUCCUAUGUAAGUCUUCCUAAUAAACUUCUUCGGCGCCAUGCUGGAGUUGCCUUGUCUCUUUCUUCAGUCUCUUGGCACCCUCUAUUUUUGGAGACAAAUUUCAACUUACAGGUCCAUGUCUGGACAGCCAGUGAGGGGAACUGGACCUGACCAACCAGGGAGGCCUGGGAAGGGUGACUUGAGCAUGCCCACUAUCCCGCAUGGAACCAUUUUUGGCUCUGCCUGUAAAGGUUUCUAAGUUCCAUUCCAGUGAUUAGGACUGGGCCAGGCCAAGUAGGGGGCCAGCAGAAGGCCCCAAAUAUCAUAUGUGCCUCCAGAAAAUAUUUCUAAAUCCCUGGCAGAGUGGGAAGCAAGGUACGAGCCUGGGUCAGCGAGGAAGGCCUGGGGAGGGCACCCGGGGCCUGGCUGCAGUCACAUGUGGGGCCCGGUUGCCAGAUGUGCCUCUUGAAAAAAGUCUCCCUCUAAAGAGAGGGACCAUCCAGAGGCCUAAGGAUGAUUCCCCAGCCUAGUCAAGGUCAUGCACGCGGCCCAGUUGCUUGAUGCACCUCCCAAACACUUCACAAAGUCUCUCUCCAGAGGGGGAAACCACUGAGUAAAGUUGACCAGGCAAGUGUGGGGAAAAUGGGCUCCAGCCUUUCAACCAACCUGUGGCCCAGGGUCAUAGGUGGCACCCACCCAACUGUUUACCAGAACCUCCCUGGUGGCAGAAUUGGACCAGGGCAGGUGGCGAGCCUCACCUUGGGCCUGGUUGUCACAUGCUCCUGCUUAAAACAUCCAAGUCCCCCUUUGUCAUGGAUUGAAUUGUGUCCACCCAAAAUGUGUCAACUUGGCUAGACCAUGAUUCCCAGCAUUGUGUGGUUAUCCUCUGUUAUGGAUUGAAUUAUGUCCCCCAAAAGAUGUGUGUAUCAACUUGGUUAGGCCAUGCUUCCCAAUAUUGAGUGGUUGUCCUCCAUUUUGUAGUUGUAAUUUUAUGUUAAAAGGAUUAGGGUGGGAUUGUAACACCAUCCUUACUCAGGUCACUUCCUGAUCCAGUGUAAGGAGAGUUUCCCUGGGGUGUGGCCUGCACCACCUUUUAUCUCUCCAGAGAUAAAAGGAAAGAGAAAUAAGCAGAGAAUUGAGCACCUCAUAUCACCAAGAAAGCAGCACAAGGAGCAGAGCGCAUCCUUUGGACAUGCGGUCCCUGCACCUGAGAAGCUUCUCGACCAGGGAAGAUUGAGAACAAGGACCUUCCUCCAGAGCCAACAGAGAGAGAAAGCCUUCCCCUGGAGCCGAUGCCCUGAAUGUGGACUUGUAACCUACUAAAAAAAAACCUACUAGACUGUGAGAAAAUAAAUUUCUCUUUGUUAAAACCAUCCACUUGUGGUAUUUCUGUUAUGGCAGCGCUAGAUGACUAAGACAUCCUCCAUUUUCUGAUUUGAUGUAAUUUUUCUGUGUUGUAAAUCCUAAUCUCUACCUGUGGUUAAUGAGGCAAGAUAUUUGUUGUUGAUAGGUGCCGUCGAGUCAAUUCUGACUCAUAGCAACCCUAUGUACAACAGAAUAAAACACUGCCCAGUCCUGUGCCAUCCUCACAAUCAUUGUUAUGCUUGAGCCCAUUGUUGCACCCACUGUGUCAAUCCAUUUCAUUGAGAGUCUUCCUCUGUUACUGACCCUCUACUUUACCAAGCAUGAUGCUUUUCCAGGGACUGAUCCCUCCAGAUAACAUGUCCAAAGUAUUUGAGAUGAAGUCUUGCCAUCCUUGCGUCUAAGGGCCAUUCUGGCUGUACUUCUUCCAAGACAGUUUUGUUCGUUCUUCUUGCAGUCCGUGGUAUAUUCAGUAUUCUUUGCCAACACCACAAUUCAAAGGUAUCAAUUCUUCUUCGAUCUUCCUUAUUCAUUGUCCAGCUUUAGCAUGCAUAUGAAGCAAUUGAAAACACCAUGGCUUGGGUCAGGCAUACCUUAGUCCUUAAAGUAACAUCUUUGCUUUUUAACUUUAAAGAGGUCUUUUGCAGAAGAUUUGACCAAUGUAGUUUUUUUUUCAAUGCGUAGUUUGAUUCUUGACUGCUGCUUCCAUUGGCGUUGAUUGUGUAUCUCAGUAAAAUUAAAUCCUUGACAACUUCAGUAUUUUCUCCAUUUAUCAUGAUGUUGAUUAUUUUCUUUUUGUUUGUUUGAUUAUUGGUCCAGUUGUGAGGACUUCUGUUUUAUUUAUGUUGAGAUGUAAUCCAUACUGAAGGCUGUAGUCUUUUUGUGUGUGUGUGUGCUUUAGGUGAAGAUUUACAGCUCAAGUUAGUUUCUCAUACAAAAAUCUAUACACACAUUUUAUGCAACCCUGGUUAUUAUCCCUGUAAUGUGACUGCACAUUCCUCCUUUCUCCCCCAGAUUUCCCGUGUCCAUUCAACCAGCUCUUAUCCCUUUCUGCCUUCUCAUCUUGCGGCUGGACAGGAGCUGUCCAUUUAGCCAUGUAUCUACUUGAACUAAGAAGCACACUCUUCUCGAGUAUCAUUUUAUGUCUUAUAGUUCAGUCUAAUCUUUCUCUGAAGAAUUGGCUCCAGGAAUGGUUUUAGUUCUGGGUUGGCAGAGAGUCCGGCAGCCAUGUCUUCGGGGGUUCCUCCAGUCUCAAUCAGACCAUUAAGUGUGGUCUUUUUACUAGAAUUUGAGUUCAGCACUGCACUUUUCUCCUGCUCUGUCAGGGACUCUGUUGUGUUCCCUGUCAGGGCGAUCAUUGAUGAUAGCCAGGCACCAUCUAGUUCUUCUGGUCUCAGGCUGAUGAAAUCUCUGGUUUAUGUGGCCCCUUUUAUCUCUUGGGCUAAUAUUUUCCUUGUGUCUUUGGUGUUCUUCAUUCUCUUUUGCUCCAGGUGGGUUGGGACCAAUUGAUGCAUCUUAGAUGGCCCCUUGCUAGCUUUUAAGACCUUAGACGCCGCUCACCAAAGUGGGAUGCAGAACAUUUCAUAAACUCUGUUAUGCCAAUUGAUGAAGGCUGUAGUCUUUGGUCUUCAUCAGAAAGUGCUUCAAGUCCUCUUCACUUUCAGCAAGCAGAGGCAAGAUUGUUGUUGUUGGUAGGUGCUGUCAAGUCGGUUGCGACUCAUAGCAACCCUAUGCGCAACAGAACAAAACACUGCCCGGUCCUGAGCCAUCCUUACAAUUGUUAUGCUUGAGCUCAUUGUUGCAGCCACUGUGUCAAACCACCUCGUUGAGGGUCUUCCUCUUUUCCACUUACCCUGUACUCUGCCAAGCGUGAUGUCCUUCUCCAGGGACCGAUCCCUCCUGACAACAUGUCCAAAGUAUGUAAGACGCAGUCUCGCCAUCCUUGCUUCUAAGGAGCAUUCUGGUUGUACUUCUUCCAAGACAGGUUUGUUCGUUCUUUUGGCAGUCCGUGGUAUAUUCAAUAUUCUUUGCCAACACCACAGUUUAAAGGCGUCAAUUCUUCUUUGGUCUUCCUUAUUCGUUGUCUAGCUUUCACAUGUAUAUGAUGCGAUUGAAAAUACCAUGGCUUGGGUUAGGUGCACCUUAGUCUUCAAGGUGACAUCUUUGCCCUUCAACACUUUAAAGAGGUCCUUUGCAGCAGACUUACCCAAUGCAAUGCGUCUUUUGAUUUCUUGACUGCUGUUUCCAUGGCUGUUGAUUGUAUAUCCAAGUAAAUGAAACCCUUGACAACAUCAGUCUUUUCUCUGUUUAUCAUGAUGUUGUUCAUUGGUCCAGUUUUGAUGAUUUUUGUUUUCUUUAUGUUGAGGUGCAAUCCAUACUGAAGGCUGUGGUCUUUGAUCUUCAUUAGUAAGUGCUUCAAGUCCUCUUCACUUUCAGCAAGCAAGGUUGUGUCAUCUGCAUAACGCAGGUUGUUAAUGAGUCUUCAUCCAAUCCUGAUGCCCCGUUCUUCAUGGAGUCCAGCUUCUCGGAUUAUUUGCUCAGCAUACAGAUUGAAUAGGUAUGGUGAAAGAAUACAACCCUGACACACACCUUUCCUGACUUUAAACCAAUCAGUAUCCCCUUGUUCUGUCCAAACAACUGCCUCUUGAUCUAUGUAAAGAUUCCUCAUGAGCACAAUUAAGUGUUCUGGAAUUCCCGUUCUUCACAAUGUUAUCCAUAAUUUGUUUUUGAUCCACACAGUCGAAUACCUUUGCAUAGUCAAUAAAACACAGGUAAAUAUCCUUCUGGCAUUCUCUGCUUUCAGCCAGGAUCCAUCUGACACCAGCAAUGAUAUCCCUGGUUCCAUGUCCUCUUCUGAAACCAGCCUGAAUUUCUGGCAGUUUCUUGUCAAUAUACUGGUGCAGCCGGUUUUGAAUGAUCUUCAGCAAAAUUUUACCUGUGAUAUUAAUGAUAUUGUUCUAUAAUUUCCACAUUUGGUUGGAUCACCUUUCCUGGGAAUAGGUAUAAAUAUGUAUCUCUUUCUGUCAGUUGGCCAGGAAGAUGUUUUCCAUAUUUCUUGACAUAGAUAAGUGAGCACCUCCAGCACUGCAUCUGUUUGUUGAAACAUCUCAAUUGAUAUUCCAUCAAUUCCUGGAGCCUUGUUUUUCGCCAGUGCCUUAAGAGCAGCUUGGACUUCUUCCUUCAGUACCGUCGGUUCCUGAUCAUAUGCCACCUCUUGAAUGGUUGAACAUCGACUACUUCUUUUUGGUAUAAUGAUUCUAUGUAUUCCUUCCAUCUUCUUUCGAUGCUUCCUGCAUCAUUUAAUAUUUUUGCCAUAGAAUCCUUCACUAUUGCAACUCGAGGCCUGAAUUUUUUCUUCAGUUCUUUCAGCUUGAGAAACACAAAGCGUGUUCUUUCCUUUUGGUUUUCCAUCUCCAGCUCUUUGCACAUCAUUAUAAUACUUCGCUUUGUCUUCUUGAGAGGCCCUUUGAAAUCUUCUGUUCAGUUCUUUUACUUCAUCAAUUCUUCCUUUUGCUUUAGUUGCUCGAUGUUCAAGAGCAAGUUGCAAAUUCUCCUCUGACAUCCAUCUUGCUCUUUUCUUUCUUUCCUUUCUUUUCAGUGACCUCUUGCUUUCUUCAUGUAUGAUGUCCUUGAUGUCAUUCCACAACUCGUCUGGUCUUUGGUCACUAGUGUUCAAUGCGUAAAAUCUGUUCUUCAGAUGGUCUCUAAAUUCAGGUGGGAUAUAGUCAAGGUCAUAUUUUGGCUCUCGUGGACUUGCUCUGAUUUUCUUCAGUUUCAGCUUGAACUUGCAUAUGAGCAAGUGGUGGCCUGUUCCACUGUCGGCCCCUGGUCUUGUUCUGACUGAUGAUAUUGAGCUUUUCCAUCGUCUCUUUCCACAGAUGUAGUCAAUUUGAUUUCUGUGUGUUCCAUCUGGCGAGGUCCUUGUGUAUAAAUAGUUGCUGUUUAUGUUGGUGAAAAAGGUAUUUGCAACGAAGAAAUCAUUGGUCCUGCAAAAUUCUGUCAUUCAAUCUCCGGCAUUGUUUCUAUGACCCAGGCCAUAUUUUCCAACUACUGAUCCUUCUUCUUUGUUUCCAACUUUCGCGUUCCAAUCGCCAGUAAUUAUCAAUACAUCUUGAUUGCAUGUUCAGUCAAUUUCAGACUGCAGCAGCUGAAAAAAACUUCUAUUUCUUCAUCUUUGGCUCUAGUGGUUGGUGUGUAAAUUUGAAUAAUAGUCGUAUUAACUGGUCUUCCUUGUAGGUGUAUGGAUAUUAUCCUAUCACUGACAGCGUUGUACUUCAGGGCAGAUCUUGAAAUGUUCUUUUUGACGAUGAAUGCAACACCAUUCCUCUUCAAGUUGUCAUUCCUAGCAUAGUAGACUAGAUGAUUGUCAGAUUCAAAAUGGCCAAUACUAGUCCAUUUCAGCUCCCUAAUGCCUAGGAUAUCGAUGUUUAUGCAUUCCAUUUCAUUUCUGACAAUUUCCAAUUUUCCUAGAUUCAUACUUCAUACAUUCCAGGUUCUGAUUAUUAAUGGGUGUUUUCAGCUGUUUCUUCUCAUUUUGAGUCGUGCCACAUCAGUGAAUGAAGGUCUUGAAAGCUUUACUCCACCCACGUCAUUAAGGCCAUCUCUACUUCGAGGAGGCAGCUCUUUCCCAGUCAUCUUUUGAGUGCCUUCCAACCUGGGCGGCUCAUCUUCCAGCAAUAUAUCAGACAGUGUUCUGCUGCUAUUCAUAAAAUUUUCACUAGCUAAUGCUUUUCAGAAGUAGACUGCCGGGUCCUUCUUCCUAGUCUGUCUUAGUCUAGAAGCUCAGCUGAAACCUGUCCUCCAUGGGUGACCCUGCUGGUAUCUGAAUACCAGUGGCAUAGCUUCCAGCAUCACAGCAACACGGAAGCCCCCACAGUACAACAAACUGACAGACACGUGGGGGCAAGAUUAAGUUAUGUUAAAGAGGAUUAGGGUACAACACCCUUACUCAGGUCACAUUCCUGAUUCAAUGUAAAGGGAAUUUUCCCUGCAUCACCUUUUAAUUUACAAGAGAGAGAAGGAGAGAGAAGCGACCUGACAAACAAGGGCCAGGAGGGAGCAUGUCCUUUGGACCAGGGGUCCCUUACGCUGAGAAGCUCCUAGACCAGGGAAAGAUUGGUGACAAGGACUUUCCCCCAGAACUAACAGUGAGAGAAAGCAUUCCUCUGGAGCUGGUGCCCUGAAUUCGGACUUCUAGCCUCCUAGACUGUGAGAGGAGAAAUUUUGGUUUGUUAAAGUCAUCCACUUGUGGUAUUUCUGUUACAGCAGCAGUAGGUAACUAAGACACCCUCCGAAGGGGAGACACUGUUCUGGGUCAGACAAGGAAGCCUGGGGAGGGUGCCACGGUCCCAGAUGUUGUCGUUUUGUGGGUCCUGGGCAUUGAGAGUGCCUCUGAAAACUUUACAUUCUUCUAUAGAGGCUGAGACCAGCCAGUAUGGAUAUGGAGGCCCAAGGACGGUGCCCUCAGCCUAUUCACUGUGCAGCAUGGGGCCUGUCACAGGAAGCACUCACUGAAAAUGCUUCUAACUCCCACUCCUGUGGCAGGGACCAGCAUGGGCCAGCCAGGGAGGCUCGGGGAGGCUGCCAACACCAUUCUGAGGUCCCACGUAGGGCCUGGUCAUGGCAGCCUCCCUUGAAAACUUUCACAAGUCCUGCUUCUAGUCUGGUAGAGCCCAGGCCAGAAAAGAAGUCCAGGGAAAGGUGCUGUGGGUCUGGCCACAACCCAUGUGGACCCACUUGUAGAAUGAACAUCCCACAAAUGUUUCAGAAGGGAGCACAGGUCUGGGCUGGGCAGAAAGGCCUGGCCAUGGUGAAACCAUCUUACUGGAUGUGCCUCCCCCCAAUUUUUGUAACUCUCUCUCCAAGGACAGAAACAGCCUGAACAAGCUGGUAAAGUCUGGGGAGGGUGUCCUGCCCCGCCAUGGCCCCAGGAGAGGCUUGGUCUUAGUAGGCACCUCCCAGAAACAUUUCUAAGUUCCCCUCUGGUGGUAGGAUCGAGCCUGGGUCAUCCCAGGCAGGGUCUUGAUUCCACAUGUGUCAGAAGGCUUCCCCGAGAAGUUUGCUAAGUCUCCUCCAGAGUCCAGGAUCAGUCUGAAUAAAACAGGGAAGCCCAAGUAGGCUGCCCCGGCCUAGCCUUGGUCCUAUGUGGGGCCUGUUGAAUGCGUGCACUCCUUGAAAAUAUUUACAAGUCUCCUUCCUGAUGGGAGAACUGGGCAUCCAUGGAGGAAGUCCAA